GGUGGGGCGGAUGGCGGCGACAGAGGGCCAGAUACGCUUCAGUGGCCACACCCUCGACAAGGCUACGAAGGCCAAGGUCACACUCGAGAAUUAUUACUCCAACCUCAUCGCACAGCAUCUCGAGAGAAAACAGAGACAUGAUAAACUGGAGGAGACGAUGAAGGAGGAAGGCCUCUCGGAGGACCAGAAGCAGGAGAAGAGGCAGCAACAUGCACAAAAGGAGACAGAAUUCCUUCGGCUCAAGAGGUCCCGGCUGGGGGUCGAGGACUUCGAGGCCCUGAAGGUCAUUGGCAGAGGAGCCUUUGGGGAGGUACGAUUGGUGCAGAAAAAAGAUACUGGCCAUGUCUAUGCCAUGAAGAUUCUACGAAAAGCGGAUAUGUUAGAAAAAGAGCAGGUUGCCCACGUAAGAGCUGAGCGAGAUGUCUUAGUAGAGGCUGACCACCAAUGGGUCGUCAAGAUGUUUUAUUCGUUUCAAGAUCCGGUCAAUCUUUAUCUCGUCAUGGAGUUCCUUCCAGGCGGUGAUAUGAUGACCCUCCUAAUGAAAAAGGACACUUUAUCAGAAGAGUGUACACAGUUCUAUAUAGCAGAAACUGCGCUUGCUAUAGACUCCAUUCAUAAACUAGGCUUUAUUCAUAGAGAUAUCAAACCUGACAAUCUCUUAUUAGAUGCCAGAGGACAUAUAAAGUUAUCUGAUUUUGGUUUAUGCACAGGGCUGAAAAAGUCCCAUCGUACAGAAUUUUAUAAAGAUCUCAGCCAAGCCAAACCAUCAGAUUUCACAACCUACUCCAAUGUUCCAGCCUCCAAUCCUAUGGAUUCAAAACGGCGGGCGGAGAGCUGGAAGAAAAACCGAAGGGCUCUUGCCUAUUCAACUGUGGGAACCCCAGACUACAUUGCACCAGAAGUGUUCAUGCAGACUGGCUACGGGCCGAGCUGCGACUGGUGGAGCCUUGGCGUCAUAAUGUACGAAAUGCUUAUAGGUUACCCACCAUUUUGUAGUGAAAAUCCCCAAGAAACCUAUAGGAAAGUGAUGAGUUGGCGGGAGACCUUGGUGUUCCCCCCUGAGGUUCCUAUAUCAGAGCAGGCACGAGAAACAAUCACACGAUUAUGCUGUGAGAGUGAGCGGAGGGCAGGAUCUCAGCAUGGGAUCGAAGACCUCAAAAGCAUGAAGUUCUUCCAGUUUGUGGAUUGGGAACACUCAAGGGAGCGGCCUUCUGCUAUUGCAGUUGAAGUUAAGUCUAUUGACGACACAAGCAACUUUGACGAAUUCCCGGGUGUUGACCUCAAGCUUCCUACACCACCACCAGCUAAGGAAGGGGAAGGAGGCUACAAGGACUGGGUCUUCAUUAACUACACUUACAAAAGAUUCGAAGGCCUAACGCAGAGAGGUUUAGUGCGCCCCAGCAAGCAGAAAUAAAAUGCCGACCAGCUAGGAAGUACAUUCAUUCAUCGGCAAGCAAAUCUUAAGAGGAAUACAACCUAAGGCAAAGGCUAUUAUUAUUAAUCAAGGUUUGUGAAAACAGACAUUUUGGCCUGGGUAAUGCAACAACAGAAUUGAGUGAUGAUCGAUAUACCACUGGAAUACAACAUUUUGUCAAAAAGAGUUUUGAGACUUUCUUUCUGUUGAAUUCAAAAUUGCAGCUGUUCUUUGUGUAUUGUGAUCUGACAGACUACAAGGCACAGUUGUUUGUUCUGUUGUAGUGUUAUAUUUAACCUGGAAAAACACAGCUGUUUGUUGUGGAUUAAAUGUGACUCGCAUGGAAAUCUUUAAUCUUCGCUGACUGACGGCUUUGAUGUGAUCUUUUAUGUAAGCCACUGAUAUUUUUACUAGUUUUUCUUUGUGAAUUUGAUAUGAUUUUUAAUGGAAGGAAAAAAGUAAAAUGAGAAAUUGGAUAUUUGAUCAAGAAAGGAUUUUUGGGAGAGGAGUGAGAUGGAAAGAAGGGGCAGAGUGUAUUGAGUGCCAUGAGUUAGUGAGGGCCAACUGGAAGGAAGGAAAGAGAGAGAGAGAGAGAGAGAAAGGAAGGAAAGGGGGAGAGAGAAAGGAAGAGGAAAAAUGCAGGGGAGGAAAAUGUCAAGUUCAAAUAAUAAUAACCCAGCUUUUGUCUCUAGUAUUCCACUUUAUCAUCUUACCUUUUCUUUUUUUUCUUUAUUGUCUCGGAAGAUUGGUUUCAAGAAAGGUUUAAGUAACAAGGCAUCUUUUUCCCUCUAAGCUGUGUGGACAUCUCACCUCAAGCACAAAAUAUACCUAUCUUGUAUCACACAUGAAAGACAGGAGUGGAAAUAAUUAUGAUCUUUAACUACAUUCGGCUUAUGUCUCUCUGUCUGUGUGUAGAAUGGAGGUGAUUUAUUAUUUUUUUAUGCAUUAUUAUUACAUUGUUAUGUUUUGUUUAUGUAUUUUUUUCCUGUUUAAGAUACCCAUGGAAGUUACUUUAUGUAUCCUUUUUGCCGGUGUGUGAUUGAAGUGUUCAGUUCAUUUAUCAGUGUAUACAUAAUAUGGUUUUAUUGUGAUUUUAGCCAGGCCUUACAGCUGAAGAAAGACUGUGAUACAUUACCAGCAAAACAGUGAUCAAUAUCCCUUUUCAGUGAUAUAUUUUUAGUUUUCACAUUUUUUUUUUUCUUUUUUUGUGGUUCAGAUUCACCCUUUCAUUUUGGGGAAAUCAUGAAACACCUUUUUGAAGUGCAGGCAAUUGAGUGCAUUGAAUAAGCUAAUAAGCUUCCUUGAAAAUGUAUAUGGGAGAUGAUGGCAUCCUAACAAUAUAUAUAUAUAUAUAUAUAUAU